UAUCAUUUGUGCACCUAUAUCGAUGACGUCAUCAACCCAAAAUGUCGUGACGUGCUACGCACGCCAGUGAAGUGAAAAUGUCACUGAACAGAGUUCCUUGCCUUUCUUGUCGUAUUUUGCGUUUUACCUCACAAAUAAUUAAGUGCGACAAGUCAACCUCAGUUCAGGCUAAUAGUGUAAUAAUUCCUGGGAGCCAAUACAAUGCUUCAGCUGAGGAGGGCUUAGACCUUGCAAACAUCACACCUGGACAGUACAAAGGACCACUAGACUGUUACGAUUCACUAGUACAAGAUGGCAUCCUUAGACCUGAUGACUAUCAACGCACAGUCGUUGAGAAACUAGAGCAACUGAAUGACAGCGUGCUGAAUUAUAGCCCACCAGAGCCUGGCGGGAGAUUAGCCUCAUUUUUUGGUGACAAGAAGAAAGAUGAGACUCCCAAGGGUGUCUACCUACAUGGGGAUGUUGGUUGUGGGAAGACAAUGUUGAUGGACUUAUUUCACCAAAACUGCCAAGUAGAAAAGAAGAAGAGAGUACAUUUUCAUUCAUUUAUGUUGGAUGUCCACAAAAAGGUGCAUAAGGAGAAGCAAGAAAUGCCAAGGACAGCUGAUAGGAGUAAGAACAGAAGCUUUGACCCGAUACCACCUGUAGCCAAGAAGCUUAGUGAUGAAGCGUGGCUGCUUUGUUUCGAUGAAUUUCAGGUGACUGAUGUUGCAGAUGCCCUCAUAUUGAAGCGUCUCUUUACGGAACUAUUCAAAAGUGGCAUUGUAGUGAUUGCAACUUCUAACAGACCCCAGAUAGUGACAGAUGUUGCAGAUGCCCUCAUAUUGAAGCGUCUCUUUACGGAACUCUUCAAAAAUGGCAUUGUAGUGAUUGCAACUUCAAACAGACACCCAGAUAAUUUGUAUAAAAAUGGUCUUCAAAGAGGAAAUUUUGUGCCAUUCAUUGAUAUAUUAAAAAAAAAGUGCCAAACAGUAUGCUUAGACUCAGGAAUUGACUAUAGGAAGAUGACUUUACCUUCAGAAGGCCGUGUCUACUUCAUAUCUACAGAGAAUGAUACGACAGAGAAGCUUGAUGCUAUAUUUGAUCACCUUGCAAAGGCUGAGCGAAGUGCAGUAGAAGCAAAGACUCUGGUGCUACUAGGAAGAGAAUUGCACUUGCGGAAGACUUGUGGCAGACUACUGGACUGCAGCUUUGCAGACCUUUGCUCAAAGCCAUUGGGAGCUGUUGAUUACUUAGAGAUCAGCCAAGAAUUUGACACUGUUAUUCUACGAGAUAUCCCCCAGAUGUCACUUCUGAAUAGAACAGAAGCAAGGAGAUUUAUCACUGCAGUUGACACGUUCUAUGACAAAAAACUUCAACUAGUCCUAUCUGCAUCCCGACCACUUGAUUCCUUGUUUGUGAUUGGACAUCAGACAGAUGGAGACAUGGAGGACAAUAUGAAAUUGAUGGACGAUUUAGGAAUAAACCAAAAUGACGAACUGGCCAAAAGUAGUAUUUUCACAGGAGAGGAAGAAAUAUUUGCAUUUCAAAGGACAAUAUCUCGACUUACUGAAAUGCAGACGGAGGAAUACUGGGCUCAAAAGGACAAGGAACGGGAAAAAAAGGCCAAGAAAAAUUGAUGAUAGAAAACAUUAGGAAAUUAUUUAGUCAUUAUUUAUUUUUUGUUGAUUUAUAUGUGUGAAUAUUGAUUACUUGUUAUCUAAUCAAGGUUUAUGUAAUGCAGAUAUAAUAAUGCACAAAUAUAUGUCCAAUUGUUUUAGUCACACUUUUUCUAUUUUACCAAUGAACAUGGCUUUAUACAUGUAAAAGAUUUUUUUAAUGGGAAUCAGGAUUUAUGAUUUUAAAGUAUUUGGACCAAACCUGAUUUUACAAGGUUAUAUUUGCUGCCAGAUGGCAUCAUAUCAGUCUUUGGUGUUUCUAUAAAUGACACCGGGUCUAUGAGAGGGCAGGGGUUUCACUAGAAUUUCU